ACCGUCAUUCCCAAUUUAUAAAACCCUCUCUCUCCAUAUACUACCCCCAAAUCGAUUUCUUUCUUUUACACAAAUAUGACUGAUCAACCCGAAUCAUCAUCGUCCGAUCCUAAGGGAACUAAACGUGAUUUUAGUACUGCAAUCUUGGAACGAAAAAAAGCUGCAAAUCGUCUUGUUGUUGAUGAAGCAAUCAACGAUGACAACUCCGUUGUUUCUAUGCACCCUGAAACCAUGGAAAAACUUCAACUUUUUAGAGGCGAUACUAUCUUACUCAAGGGUAAGAAAAGAAAAGAUACCAUAUGUAUAGCACUUGCUGAUGAUACAUGUGAAGAACCUAAGAUUAGGAUGAAUAAGGUUGUCCGGUCUAACCUACGUGUUCGCCUUGGUGACGUCAUCUCUGUUCAUCAAUGUGCUGAUGUUAAAUAUGGUAAACGUGUUCAUAUUUUACCAAUUGAUGAUACCAUUGAAGGCGUUACCGGGAAUCUUUUCGACGCCUACCUUAAACCGUAUUUUCUUGAAGCGUAUCGUCCUGUUAGGAAAGGUGAUUUCUUUUUAGUGAGGGGAGGGAUGAGGAGUGUUGAGUUUAAGGUUAUUGAGACCGAACCCGCGGAGUAUUGUGUGGUGGCCCCUGAUACUGAGAUAUUUUGUGAGGGUGAGCCUGUGAAGAGGGAGGAUGAGGAUAAGUUAGAUGAGAUUGGUUAUGAUGACGUUGGUGGUGUUCGUAAACAAAUGGCGCAGAUUCGUGAGUUGGUGGAGUUGCCUUUAAGGCACCCACAGUUGUUUAAGUCUAUUGGUGUUAAGCCGCCAAAGGGUAUUCUGCUUUACGGGCCUCCUGGUUCCGGAAAGACUUUGAUUGCUCGGGCUGUUGCCAACGAGACUGGUGCUUUCUUCUUUUGUAUUAAUGGGCCAGAGAUUAUGUCUAAGAUGGCCGGUGAGAGUGAGAGCAACCUUAGGAAAGCUUUUGAGGAAGCAGAGAAAAACGCACCGUCGAUUAUCUUUAUUGAUGAGAUUGAUUCAAUUGCUCCCAAGCGUGAAAAGACACAUGGUGAGGUUGAGAGGAGGAUUGUUUCCCAGCUGUUGACUCUUAUGGAUGGGCUGAAAUCGCGUGCCCAUGUUAUAGUUAUGGGUGCAACUAAUCGUCCGAAUAGUAUUGAUGCUGCCCUGAGGAGGUUUGGUAGGUUUGACAGGGAAAUUGAUAUCGGUGUUCCUGAUGAAGUAGGCCGUCUCGAGGUUCUUAGAAUACAUACUAGGAACAUGAAGCUCGCUGAGAAUGUUAAUUUGGAGAAGGUUGGUAAAGAGACACAUGGAUAUGUUGGUGCUGAUUUGGCUGCUUUAUGUACUGAGGCUGCACUUCAGUGCAUUAGAGAGAAGAUGGAUGUGAUUGAUUUGGAAGAUGAAUCAAUUGAUGCUGAGAUUCUGAAUUCCAUGGCAGUGACGGAUGAGCACUUUCAGACCGCCCUUGGCACUAGCAAUCCAUCUGCUCUUCGUGAGACCGUUGUGGAAGUGCCCAAUGUCAGCUGGGAAGACAUUGGUGGUCUCGAUAAUGUCAAAAGAGAGCUGCAGGAGACUGUUCAAUAUCCAGUGGAACAUCCCGAGAAAUUUGAGAAGUUUGGCAUGGCCCCAUCCAAAGGGGUUUUGUUCUAUGGUCCACCUGGAUGUGGUAAAACUCUUCUUGCCAAGGCUAUCGCUAGUGAAUGCCAGGCCAACUUCAUCAGCAUCAAGGGUCCAGAGUUGCUCACUAUGUGGUUCGGUGAAAGUGAAGCCAAUGUUCGUGAAAUAUUUGACAAGGCUCGUGGAUCUGCUCCAUGCGUCCUCUUUUUCGAUGAAUUGGAUUCCAUUGCUACCCAGAGAGGAAGCAGUCAGGGUGAUGCUGGAGGUGCAGCUGAUAGAGUUCUGAACCAACUUUUGACUGAAAUGGACGGAAUGUCUGCCAAGAAAACCGUCUUCAUCAUUGGUGCAACCAACAGGCCUGAUAUAAUUGAUCCUGCACUUUUAAGGCCUGGCCGUCUUGACCAGUUGAUAUACAUUCCUCUCCCAGAUGAGGAGUCCCGCUAUCAGAUCUUCAAAUCUGCUUUAAGGAAGUCCCCUGUAUCUAAAGAUGUUGACCUACGAGCUCUUGCUCAGUACACCCAGGGUUUCAGUGGGGCUGAUAUCACUGAAAUCUGCCAGCGGGCUUGCAAGUAUGCUAUUCGUGAGAACAUAGAGAAGGAUAUUGAGAAGGAAAAGAGAAUCAGUGAGAAUCCGGAGGCAAUGGAGGAGGAUGUGGAAGAUGAGGUAGCCGAGAUCAAGGCUGCUCACUUCGAAGAAUCCAUGAAAUUUGCUCGAAGGAGUGUUAGUGAUGCUGACAUCCGCAAAUACCAGGCGUUUGCUCAAACACUACAGCAGUCGAGGGGGAUCGGUUCUGAGUUCAGGUUCUCUGAGACUAGCGGUCAAGCUGCUGCAAGUGAUCCUUUUGCUGCCCCUGCUGGUGCAGCUGACGAAGAUGACCUUUAUAGUUGAGCUUUUAUUUUUUUGUACCUGAAUAAGUCUGUCGUCUCGUUCUUGUUAAUGGAUGUUCUUAGUGUAAUAUAUUAAAUUGAUGGUUUUUUUUUUAUAUGAAAGCAUGGACUUAUGUUA